AUGGUUCUUAGUCCGGAACGUCGAAUUGAAUUGAAUCCAUUUGAUGUGGAUGCUUGGAAUUUACUCUUACGUGAAUCACAGGCCCGUCCAAUUGACCAGGUUCGGGGUUUCUAUGAACGCCUCGUUAGCCAAUUUAACAAUGCUGGCCGCUAUUGGAAAGCUUAUAUUGAACAUGAAUUGAGAGCAAAGAAUUUUGAAAAUGUCGAGAAGAUAUUUGAAAGAUGUUUGGUUCGAGUUCUCAAUGUAGACCUUUGGAAAUGCUACGUUUUUUAUGUCCGGGAAACAAAGGGACAUUUGGCUUCUUUUCGUGAGCAGAUGGCCAAAACUUAUGAUUUUGCAAUUGAUAAAGUUGGAAUGGAUUUUCAGAGUUAUUCAAUCUACAAUGAUUGUGUCACAUUUCUUAAACAACAAGAAGUCAAAGGACAAUAUGCAGAGAAUCAAAAAAUUACAGCAAUUCGAAAAAUUUUUAAAAAGGGAUUGGUGACGCCGAUGGCAAAUAUUGAACAAUUAUGGAAUGAUUAUUGUUCUUUUGAAAAGAGUGUAAAUCCAGCUUUGGCUGAGAAAAUGAUUUCUGACAUUAAAAAGGAUUAUCUGAAUGCCUGUAAAGUAACAAAACAAUAUGAACAAAUAGUACGUGGAAUUAAUCGUCAAGCCAUUUCAAUUCCACCAAGAGGAACUACAACAGAAAUAAAACAGGCUGAACUUUGGAGGAAAUAUAUACAAUGGGAGAAAAGUAAUCCUUUAAAUACUGAAGAAUAUGGGCAAUAUGCAAGAAGAGUAAUUUAUUCAUAUGAACAAGCACUUUUAUGUCUUGGUUACAUGCCUGAUAUUUGGUAUGAGGCUGCUUUCUUUCAACAACAAGCAGCACAAAGAUUGGCUGAAAAGGGUGAUGUAAAACUUUCAACGGCUAUGUACAAUGAUAUAAUCCAUUUAUAUGAAAAAGCAGUAUCUGGCCUAAUGAAAUCAAAUCAGAUGUUGCAUUUUGCUUAUGCUGACUUUGAAGAAGAGAGAAGAAAAUAUGACAACGCCAAGAAAAUAUAUGAUCGAUUACUUUCUCAGCAAAGUGUUGACCCAAGUUUGACAUAUAUUCAAUUAAUGAAAUUUAUUAGACGAACAGAAGGAUUAAAACAAGCUAGGCUAGUAUUUAAACGUGCACGAGAGGAUAAACGUAAUAAUUUUCAUGUUUAUGUUGCUGCUGCUUAUAUGGAAUAUUAUUGCAGCAAGGCAAGAAUUUUAUUUUAA